AAGGUGCAGCAUUUGAAGGUGGAAAAGGACCUAGUAAUUGGGAUAACUUCACUCAUAAAUAUCCAGAGAAAAUUAGAGAUAGAAGUAAUGGAGAUGUAGCCGAUGAUUCCUAUCAUCGCUACAAGGAAGAUAUUGGACUCAUGAAGGAUUUGAAUAUGGAUGCUUAUAGAUUCUCCAUUUCUUGGUCUAGAGUUCUACCAAAAGGAAAGCUUAGUGGAGGUUUAAAUCCUGAAGGAAUAAAAUACUACAACAACCUCAUCGACGAGCUAUUAGCUAAUGGUUUGCAACCAUAUGUGACACUUUUCCAUUGGGACGUUCCCCAAGCUUUAGAGGAUGAGUAUGGCGGUUUAUUAGGUCGUCAAAAUAUAAUUUAUGAUUUUAGGGAUUAUGCUGAACUUUGCUACAAGGAAUUUGGUGAUAGGGUUAAACAUUGGAUUACUUUGAAUGAACCAUAUAGUGUGAGCACGAAUGCUUAUGUAUAUGGAAAGUUUGCACCGGGUCGAUGUUCAGAUUGGUUGAAACUGAAUUGCACAGGAGGUGAUUCAGGGACAGAACCUUAUUUAGCUGCACACAACCUACUUCUUGCCCAUUCUGCUGCAGCAAAUUUGUACAAGACCAAAUAUAAGUCAUCUCAACAUGGUAUAGUAGGGAUUACCUUAAUCUCACACUGGCCUGUGCCGGCUACUACAGCGAAAGCAGAUGUUGAUGCUGCACAACGAUUCCUCGACUUCAUUUUUGGAUGGUUUAUGGAUCCACUCACACGAGGCGAAUAUCCAAGAAGCAUGCGAAAUUUGGUUGAAAAGAGGCUGCCAAAGUUCUCAAGAGAAGAAUCAAGAGAACUUAAGGGGUCUUUUGAUUUUUUAGGACUAAACUAUUACACAUCCUACUAUGUUGCUGAUGCACCUCACCUGCGCAAUGCGCGACCAGCCAAACAAACUGAUUCUCUUAUUAAUGUUACAUUUGAAUAUAAUGGCAAGCCCCUUGGUCCAAUGUCUGCUUCGAGUUGGUUAUGUAUUUAUCCACGCGGAUUUAGACAGUUGUUGCUUUACGUCAAGAAUAAGUACAACAAUCCCUUAAUUUAUAUUACUGAAAAUGGUCGUGACGAGUUCAACGAUCCAACAUUAUCACUUGAAGAAUCUCUUUUAGAUACUGACAGAAUUGAUUACUAUUUUCGUCAUCUUUACUAUCUUGCAACUGCAAUCAAGGAUGGUGUGAAUGUAAAGGGAUUUUUUGCAUGGUCAUUGUUGGAUAACUUUGAAUGGGAAUCAGGCUUGAGCUUGAGAUUUGGACUCGUCUUCGUGGAUUUUAAAAACGGCCAGAAAAGACAUCCAAAACUUUCCGCGGAUUGGUUCAAAAAUUUCCUCAUAAAAUCUUAGACAUAUAUAUUUUACAU